AUGGGUAUCAGAAACACUUCGGUGUGGAAGGCUCUCAGUGAUCUGCCUUUCAUCCACAAUUUCACCUUGCCUGUGGGUGCAUUUUGUCUAGUUGUUGCACUCAAUGUUCUUAGCAAUGGCUUUGACGUUGCGAUCUAUAAUACAAUUCAAGCAAUGGAUACCUUCCAGCACACAUUUGGCGACGAGUGUGCCCCGAACGGCGUAUGUCACAUCAGUACCACGAAUCUCUCUCUCCUCAACUCCAUUCCAUACAUCGCCUAUGCUGCAGCUCUUUUCAUGGCUUCACAAAUUGGCGAAAGGUUCGGCCGUCGUACUGUCUACGUUAUCAUGAACAUUAUCUGCCUGGCCGGCAUCGCCGUCAGCUACACAGCCAAGUCGUAUGGUCAGAUCCUCGCUGGCCGCUGCAUUGUCAACAUUUACACAGGCAUGGAAGGUUGGCUCAUUCCCAUGUUCACCGCUGAGCUGGUCCCAUCUCGCGUUCGCGGAGCAAUGGUUACCAUGUACGUCUUUGGACGCCUCAUCGGUUCUCUCCUCAUUGGUAUCGUCGCCUACGCCACAGCUCCCAUCCCUGGCGAUGACUCUUGGAAGAUUCCCGUGGCCGUUUUGUUCUCUGCACCUUCUCUUGCUCUUCUUCUCAGUUGGUUGGUCCCCGAAUCUCCCAGAUGGCUCAUCAGAAUGGGCAGAGAAGACAAGGCUAUCGCCAGUCUGAAGUAUCUCAACGAUGGCUACCCUGAAUACAACGUCGGGGAGGACAUAGCGCGGAUGAAGAUGUCACUUGAAAGGAACAUGGAAGCGAGUGGCUGGAUAGACCUCUUUAAGGGCACAAACUUGGCAAGUUCUUCACCCGCGAAACGUUAUUUACCCAUGAUUUCCAACUUCUUUGCUCUCGCAUCCGGUCAAGCAUUCGCCAAUACAUACGGUACCAUUUUCAUCAAAAGCCUCAACGUAUACAAUCCAUACGUCUUCACUAUCAUCAUCAAAGUUGGAGGCAUCGCCGGCGCCUUGACAUUCCUUGCCCUCGUCGACCAUGUCGGUAGAAGAGGAUUUUAUUUCACCCUCGCCCCUCUCGCCUCGAUCUGCAUGAUGGUGGUUGGCGGUAUCGGUACCGUCCGGAAUCCAAGCGACUCAUCCAAACUUGUCAUCGCCUCGAUGUUCCCCUUAUAUGGGUACUUUCUACUCGGAUCCUUUGUUCCACUCGGAACGCUUAUUCCUGCCGAAAUACCUGCUCCACGACUGAGAGACAAAACCGCCAUGGCUUCUUUCACCGUCCAGAAUCUAACCAAUUUCAUCACCACCUUCACGCUCCCCUAUCUUAUGAACCCUGAGUACGCCAACCUCGGAGCUAAAGUUGGCUUCAUCUAUGGCAGUUUCGCAUUUGUUGCUUGUAUCUGGGCUUUCUUUUACUACCCUGAGCUCAAGGGUCGCACUCUCGAGGAGAUUGAUCUAAUGUUUGAAGAGGGGAUUCCAGCUCGGCAUACUAGGAACUGGAAAGCGCCUUGUCACGAUGCUACGGAAAAGCUUGACAACGAGGAUCCAAAGUCUAAGAGACGACCUGUAGAAUAUUAUGAAGGUGUAUAG